AUGUACAAAGGACUUUUCCUGCUGGCAGCGCUUUGCCUGAGCUGCUGCCUGGCUGCACCAGCGCCAGAACCUGCUCCAGCUCCGGCACCAGCUCCGGCACCAGCUCCAGCGCCCAGCUUUGGACAUGACUAUCAUCUGGGCUAUGGCGGUCUGGGCCUGGGCCUGGGCGGACACUAUGGCGGGCACUACGGCUUGGGUCUAGGCUUGGGCUUGGGCUACCAUGAGCCCAUCAUCAAGACUAUUGCAGCGCCCAUCGUCACGAAGACCAUCAUUGGCAAGAGCUAUCUGGGCGGCUAUGGCCACGGCCUGGGCCAUGGCUAUCUGGGCGGCUACGGACAUGGUCUCUACGGACAUGGCCUGGGUCUGGGCCUGGGCUUGGGUUUGGGCUAUGGCUAUGGCCAUGGCUACGGCUGGUGA